AUGAUAUCAUUCGGACGCCAUGCUUAUUUAAGUCAAAACGAAGUUAGCAAAGAACGUCUUGCAUUGGAUCAGGCUGAUAUUUUGCUGGUUCUCUCUAUUGUCAACCAUUGUCGAUACCAAGAUGAGAAUGCUAAUUACCACUGGGUUCAUCUAUUAAAUUGUUCGUACAAUUCUUAUGAGGUGGUGAUGCAUUGUUACCUGAUACCAUCUCAAGUAGUACCAAAGAAGAUCGUCAUUUUUGAUGGUCUUAUAUUCAAUCAUGGUGCUGAAUCGAAAGAGCUAAUAUUUGAGGAACUGAAAAAAUUUCCUGAUAGUCAAUAUAAACGGGAUUUUGAUCGGAUCUAUCCGCAGGUCUACGAUAUCUCUUCUAUUAUCGAGGAGAUUGGCUGA